AUGUAUCGUCAGUUUUGGGUUCGUGAAGAAGACCGAAAAUUCCAAAGAAUUCUGUGGAUGGAUGCUGAGGGACGAACAAAGACAUAUGAAUUAAAUACUGUCACUUUCGGCGUCGCCUCUGCCCCAUAUCUGGCAAUCCGAUGGUUGCACCAGUUGGCCGACGACAAGAGUGAGGAUUUCCCUGAAGCCGCCCUUCGGAUCAAAAGUGACCUGUAUGUCAAUGACCUACUCACAGGAACCGAUUCAUAUGAAGCUGCCGUGAGUCUCCGCGAUGAUAUCGAUGCUCUGCUGAAACGAGGUGGGUUAAAUUUGAGGCAAUGGGCCUUCAAUGAUCCCAGGCUAUUGCAGAAUCUACCUGAGAGCAACGUCAAUCUCCAACUGCAGGUAGACAAGGAUGCCACCAUCAAGACCCUCGGAAUACACUGGGACCCACAGCGGGAUGCCAUCAUCUACACAGUAAAACCGAUGCCUACCGCUUCAAAGGUCACUAAACGAUCCAUUGCAUCAGAGCUGGCCCAAAUUUUCAACCCUCUCGGUCUACUUGGCCCAGUUAUUGUUCGAGGUAAAAUUAUUAUGCAGUUAUUGUGGAAAGAACAAUUGGAUUGGGACGAUCCUGUCCCAUCCAGUGUUUCUACCGAGUGGAAAUCGUAUAAAAAUCAACUAUCUGUGUUAAACAAUGCGUCAUUUGAUAAGAAAGUCAUCAUGGCUGACACUAAAGAAAUCCAAUUGCAUGGAUUUUGUGAUGCAAGCGAAAAAGCUUACGGCGCUUGCAUUUACCUGAAAACAAUUGACUCCAACGGUACCUCUGAAAUAAAAUUAUUAUGUGCCAAGUCACGAGUUGCUCCAAUCAAAACGACAACUCUACCGAGGCUCGAGUUAUGUUCAGCUUUAUUGCUUGCGGAUUUAUAUCAAGUGAUGAAAAAAUCGUUGACUCAUGAGAUUCAUCGGGCAUUCUUCUGGUCUGACUCCAUGGUGGCUUUACACUGGAUCAAGACCCCACCACACAAACUCCUCGUAUUCGUUGCAAAUCGAGUCUCUGGAAUUCAAGAGAAGACUAGGGGUAGUGAGUGGCGUCAUGUACGGACGCACGACAACCCUGCAGAUCACGUGUCCCGUGGAUUAACCGCUGCAGAAUUAAUCGAAAAUACGCAGUGGAAAAAUGGACCAUCGUGGCUGAAUCUGGACGAAUCAAGCUGGCCCACUUCUGAAUUACUGAUUCCUAUGGAAAUUCCAGAAAUCAGGAAGGUCCAGUGCCUUCUAACGACUCCAAAGAACGAUCUCUAG